UUCUUUAAUUACAAAAACCCUAAACCCCCAUAUUGAGCUCAGUCUCUCACUCUCACCUUCAAUGGCAACGUUCACGAUGAAAACCGCAACCAAUGUGCUCCACAGUCACCCCAAUCAGCUCGCCUUCUUCUCCAAUGGAGCCAGUACAAGGAGCAGUGUCCCCAUUUCGCAGAAGAGGAGAUCGCGUUCGUUCCCUAUAGUGUCAAUGGCUGCCACACCGGUUCAGACUUUUCUUGAAAAAACCGCGCCUUCUUCGCCUCAGAAUGCUGGCAUUCCAAUUAUGGUUAAUGCAUGUACUGGAAAAAUGGGAAAGGCUGUCAUUAAUGCGGCAGAAGCUGCUGGACUGCAUGUUGUUCCUGUGUCAUUUGGGUGUGAAGAGGAGUCUGGACAGACUUUUCAGGUCUGCGGAAAGGAGUUUCUUGUGCAAGGUCCUUCUGAUAGAGAGAGUGUGCUUGUAUCUAUCCUUGAUAAAUAUCCAAAUUUGAUUGUUGUGGACUACACAGUGCCAACUGCAGUUAAUGGCAAUGCAGAAUUAUACUCUAAGGUUGGGGUGCCCUUUGUGAUGGGGACCACUGGUGGAGAUAGGGACUUGUUGAAUAAGACUGUUGAAGACGCAAAGCUUUAUGCUGUGAUUUCCCCGCAAAUGGGAAAGCAGGUAGUUGCUUUCCUUGCAGCAAUGGAAAUUAUGGCAGAGCAAUUUCCUGGAGCCUUUUCUGGGUAUUCCUUAAAGGUUUUGGAGUCUCAUCAAGCAAGCAAAGUUGAUGCAUCUGGUACUGCAAAAGCUGUAAUUUCUUGUUUCCACAAACUUGGAGUAUCUUUUGAUAUGGAUGAGAUAGAAUUGAUCAGGGAUCCCCAGCAACAACUUGAAAUGGUGGGAGUCCCAGAGGAGCAUUUGGCGGGUCAUGCCUUUCAUAUGUAUCAUUUGACAUCACCAGAUGAUACAGUUUCAUUUGAAUUUCAACAUAAUGUUUGUGGUAGAUCAAUAUACGCGGAGGGCACUGUUGAUGCUGUAAUUUUUCUUGCUAAGAAGAUUGCAGAAAAGGAUCCCAAGAGAGUAUACAAUAUGAUUGAUGUCUUACGAGAGGGUAGCAUGCGAUGAAUUUUUCUCGGGAGUCAGAUGCAAGAUGUCAACUUCGGGAAUUGGUUAACAAGAUUUGGCAUUUAGUUGAGUAACUUUCAUCUUCUGUCCAUUGUUCUUCUCUGUUCUGUUGAGGAAAGCUUAGGGAGCGUAAUACCCUACUAUGUAUUAUUCUGAAUGGUCGAAAACUACAUGAUGAGUUUUUUUUUUUUUUUAAAUGAAUUUCAACAUUUUUGUUUAGUUUGUCAUAACUUUUGUUAAUCA